AUGGCUGUGCGCGGCGCCAGCACCUUGACGCCCUUCUCCAUCCAGGCGAUCCUCAAUAAGAAAGAGGAGCGCGGCGUGCUGGCUGCGCCCGAGGGGCGCCCGGCACCCGGGGGCACAGAAGUGGCGGUGGCCGCGGCGCCCGCCGUCUGCUGCUGGCGGCUCUUUGGGGAUACCGACGCGGGUGCGCUGGGGGGCGCCGAGGACUCUCGGCUGGCGUCUCCCACCCGAACCAGAACAGCUGUGGGGCAGAGCGCGGAAAGCCCCGGAGGUUGGGACUCGGACUCAGCUCUGAGUGAGGAGAACGAGGGCAGGAGGCGCUGCGCCGACGUUCCGGGAGCCAGUGGAGCCGGCCGCACCAGGGUGACUCUGGGCCUGGACCAGCCGAUCUGCGAGAUGCAUGCCGCCAAGGACUUGGAGGAGGAAGCCCCGGUCCGCAGCGACAGCGAGAUGUCAGCCAGCGUCUCAGGCGACCACAGCCCAAGAGCUGAGGACGAUGGUGUUAGCCCCGGAGGUGCACGCGUGCCUGGGUUGUGCAGUGCACCGGGCAGCGGGGCUGGCAGCGGGCAGGCGGGCGGCAUGGAGGAGGAGGAAGAGCCCGCAGCCCCCAAGCCUCGAAAGAAGCGCUCUAGGGCAGCCUUCUCCCACGCCCAGGUCUUCGAGUUGGAACGCCGAUUUAACCAUCAGCGCUACCUGUCCGGACCGGAGCGCGCAGACCUGGCGGCUUCCCUGAAGCUGACCGAGACGCAGGUCAAAAUCUGGUUUCAGAACCGCCGCUACAAGACCAAACGCAGGCAGAUGGCCGCAGACCUACUCGCCUCGGCGCCCGCCGCCAAGAAAGUGGCCGUAAAGGUGCUGGUGCGUGACGACCAAAGACAGUAUCUGCCGGGAGAGGUGUUGAGGCCCCCGUCUCUUCUGCCACUGCAGCCCUCCUACUACUACCCUUACUACUGCCUCCCGGGCUGGGCGCUGUCCACCUGCGCGGCCGCUGCUGGUACCCAGUGA